UUUGUUAGUCACUUUACAAUUUCAGCAAUGCUGUGUAAACACGAAUUUAUAGCAUAACCUGUCAGUCAAUAAAAGAGGAAAUCGAUUGUGAACAAAAUUUAUUAACAAGAUUGUAUAUAAUUUAUAGUAAAAAUGCAUUUUAUUUUGUACUAUAGAACAUUUGAGAGUCUGUACUUUUUUACUUUUACUUAGAGUUGAAUCAGUACUUCUACUAGAGUACGGAGCGCGAGUACAGUAUUGUACUUUUGCCACAUCUGUCUCUAUAAACUUUGUGUUUUCGAUCAGGCAUCAACUUGGCCACCUUCGGGUCCUUAAACGGUAGGACCCCAGCACUGUAAACAAGCGGUCCGUCCGUCAAUUAAAAAUAAUUUUAAUUCUCCAUUAAAAGUAGUUGAUAUCAGUUAACUUGUUAGGAACCGCGUAGUUAUGGCAGAAGACGAGAGUGAAUUGGAAAAGCGUGCUGUCGAGGAGCUCCUGAGGGAGACUGACAGGGCUCGGCUGAGAGCCGAGACCAUGGGCCCUGCGGGAUGGUUGAAAUGUCCGUUGCGGGGCACCAACAAGCGCUUCCUGCUCAAUACCCUGCGCUCCACGGGCCUGCGUCCCGGCGAGCCCAAAGCGGAACACUCGUCGCACGCCGCCAGGCGGGAGUCUCCCGCGGGGAGGAGCCGCAGCCGGUCGCCCCCCGCCGGACGGGACGGCGGACGCUCGCGCAAGCGUCACCGCGGGAACACGUCUAGUAACGACGUCAAGAGGCGGGACGGAGAGCGGGAGAGGAGUCGCGGACGUAAGGGCGAGAGGGACGAGACGGCGGAAAAAGACAGACGGACGUCAAAGGCAUCAGCUAAUUGAUGGACCUCGUCAGGCUGGUACCACAUUCGCAACAGAGGCGGGAAGUGUCACUGCGUGAAAGUGCACACAGUCGACACACACACAGAGUCUGUAAUUGAGUUCCAUCUUAAUCGGCGAAGCAGGAGAGCUCUUGCUUAAUGGGGCCUAACGCUCGGUGUACACAGACGAAGGCUAAUGGCCGGCAAACACGACUCUUGUUUGUCGCUCCCGCCUCAGAGCUGCUAAGUGCUGUUAAAUGAGGCGAUGGCAUCGGCGUCACAGGUGCGCUGCGCAAUAAUAAUACGCGGCCGCGUCCUACAGAUCCUAACGUUGGGAAAGUGACCAAAAGGUUUAGAAAGAUUUUUUUGUUUGUUUUUGACAACAAAACAAAAAAAACUAGCGAGCUUGUGUUUUUACCAGUUGGUUUUAUUUCAACUUCCUUGUUUGUUUUUGUUUUUUUCCUGAGUUCUUUUUUUUUUUUUUUUUUUUUUUUUUGAGCUCUCAAUCACUGCGGAGUGUGACCAGCUUUUUGUGAACAAAGUAGUCUGAGUUGACUGUUUGAGACCAUUACUGGUGUUUUUUUGUUUGUUAGGUUUUUUUUUUGUGUGUGCUCCCAUUUCCAUCGGGCAUAUUCUGUAGAACUCCCAGCCGGAGCUGGUAGUGACCAACCUUUUUGCUAAUAAAGGACAUUGUUGUGGA